CGAUCUGUCGCUUUCAUCCUUUGCUUUGUUGUCUGAGCUUCUCUGGUCAAAGCUGUAGCUGAGCCGUGUGCAUCUGCACGUGCUCUUCCCGAAAUGGAAAUCCCGUUCACGUGCUAGCUCUCGAUGACGUCCUCGUUUUUCGCCGUCAACGGAGGACGACAACCAGGACCCCUCACAGUGCAUUCAGCUGCUUUCUUACCCCCCUCCGCAUCACCCCAGACUUGAAGAUAGUCGCCAACCGGUACAAAAGCGAAGCGGGAGAUGGCCGAGUCAAUUAUAGAACGGCCGGGUUACGCGUCACCAACCUCACCCGGCGAAGAAUCAGACACGGCCCUCGUCGCCCCUCCUGAGGUUGAACCCAUACCAGGGAUCGACGGGAACCCAGUAAGAUGGUACGAUGCAGACCGUACCGAACCGUAUACGCGUAUUACGCCAUUCCAGGAACGACAUGAUACUAGCGUCGAAUUCUUCUACAAGCCCAUCACGCUGACGACGCUCAGCAUAUUGUUGGUGGUGCUGGCAUAUGUCGCAAUGACGAAAGAUCUUCUAGCGGAGGGCCGAGACAAGCGUCGUGUAGGUGCAUAUGCUGCCCUGAGCGCUUUCCUUGCGUUCUCGAUGAUCCAGUUCCGUGAUGGUCCCUUCAUUAGACCUCACCCCUCCUUCUGGCGGGCCGUUCUCGGUAUUAACUUGCUCUACGAACUUGCCCUCGUGUUCUUGCUCUUCCAGGACCUGCCCAAUGCGCGAGGGAUGAUGAUGCUGCUUGACGAGAAUCUGGGUGUGCCGCUGCCGGAGAAGAGCUACGCGGAGGACUGCACGUUGACACCGACAGUGCUCUGGAACGCACUGGAUGUGUUCUGCAUCGCGCACACCAUCGGAUGGUUUGGCAAGGCGAUGAUCCUGCGGGACUAUUGGUUCUGCUGGAUCUUGAGUAUCGCCUUCGAGCUGGCUGAGUACAGCUUCGGGCAUCAGCUGGCCAACUUCAAUGAGUGCUGGUGGGACCACUGGAUUCUCGAUGUGUUGCUGUGCAACUGGAUCGGGACCUACCUUGGCAUGAAGGUGUGCCAGUACUUUGAGGUCAAGCCAUACGAGUGGCGCGGCUUUCGCCAGAGCAAAGGGCUGCGUGCAAAGACGCGACGUGUGUUGUCACAGUUCUCGCCUCACGACUUUACGUCCUUCCGCUGGGGUACCACCACCUCGUUCAAGCACUACUUUAGCGUCGUGCUCCUUCUCACGGUGUUCCUCGCCGCUGAGCUUAACGUUUUCUAUCUGAAGACCCUUCUGUGGAUAGAGCCGGAUCACCCCAUCGUCAUCUUACGGCUGGCAUUCAUCUUCCUCUGCGCGCUGCCUGCUGUACGGGAGCUGUAUCAGUACAUCAACCAUCCUCAACGAGCUGUGCGCAUGGGACAACAUGUCUGGCUCCUGCUCGCCACCGUCGCUACCGAGGACCUCGUGAUAUUCAAGUGGAGCCAGGGUCAGUUUCCGGAGCCGCUUCCCGCAAAGGUCAAGCGGGGCUGGAUCAUUGGUGCGACGCUGUUGGUGGUAUAUCCCAUCUAUCAGUUCGGUAUCCCAGCUGCGAGGAAGUACGUCCGGAAGCAAAAGAAAGCGAGACUUCUCAAGGCCCGGUAACGGAAACGGAUCGUCCCCGAUGGUAUAUCUCCAUGUUCCAACCAGUCUGGCAGUCGAUAGAUAGACGCAGCCGCCCCCAACUCACACUACUGACACCGCAUCUAUUAUUACUCACACUGUAUAGUCAUAAUUGUAUCUCACGGUCUUCUGCUCGUCAUCGCGCGUUGUAUCGAUGUGUGCGUCUGCAGGUGUUUGGAUGUGGGCGCUGGCCGCUCAGUCGCCGCCCCGCUGCACCGCCCGUCGCGCAUAGGGCGGCUACCCCGGGGUAUCUAUAACGGGCAAGAUCGCCUGCGCCCGAUCUACCCACCUCUGUCCACCCGGUCCUCUGGGUCGUGGGCCAGCUUCGGGCCUCGGCGGCCCCGUGCGUCAUGGCAUGGGCCGGCAGACGGUGUGCCAUCCGGGGCGAUU